GCCGGGUGAUGCGGAAGUGAAAGUCUGCAGUUGAGGUAUACACGGACGGUGCAGUCACGAGGUGGGAGAACUGAGCGUGUUUGGGGGGCAACAACACAGAGACGUUUAGCCUGCCGUGCUGUUGUCAGGAACGAGAGGUACAGUGGCUGUGUGUCCCUAUUACCUGGGGUGCAAGCGUUGGGGGUCCCUGUUUUCCUGGGGCUCCCAGACAUGCUGUCUCUGAAGAAGUAUCUGACGGAGGGUCUGAUCCAGUUCACCAUUCUGUUGAGCCUAAUGGGUGUGCGUGUGGACCUAGACUCCUACCUGCCCUCUCAUUUGCCCCCGCUACAUGAGAUCAUUCUGGGACCUACUUCAGCCUACACACAGACCCAGUUCCACAGCCUUCGGGGCACCUCCGAUGGGUAUGGAGUUCACCCCAAGAGUGUUGACCUGGACCAGUUUUUUACUACUCGGCGACUGCUGAGCAGCAUGCGGGCUUUAGAUAGGCUGCAGGUACCAACUACUGCUCUAGAUGCCUGGCUGGUGCAUAAAGAAGCUGAGGGGUCUGUGCCCAGCGCUCAGACCGGCUCCAGCCGCCCUACCGACAGCCCACAGGAACGUCCAAACUCAGAUAGACUACGGGACAGCCUGGUCUCCGAACAAGGCCACAACGCUGAGGGGUUUCAAGAGCUGGGGGCAACUGCACAGCCUGGAAGCUCUGACCUGAGCAAGGAAGACAUUGACCUAAUUGACAUAUUGUGGCGUCAGGACAUUGACCUGGGAGUUGGUCGAGAAGACUUUCACCAGCGUGACAAAGGAAAUGAUGAACUUUGGGAGCAGAUGCCUACUGAACCCCAAGAUAUUCUGGAACCCACUCUACAGAUUGAUGGAGAGACAGGAGAAAACAUACCAGAACAGGGUUCAGCCAUGUCAUUGGAGGAAUGUCUGAGUCUCCUGGAUGUCAACUUUUCAUUUGGGGACCAACCUGAGUUUCCAGAUCAAACUCCUAAUGUUGAGCCUGUGGCUUCCACUCAAGAUGAAGAACUCUUAUCACCUUUCCUCCCAACUUUGGAAACCCCUUUGGACCUUGAGGAGCAGUGGCAGGACCUAAUGUCACUUAUGGAUAUGCAGGCUAUGGACAUGAACAAUUCUGCUGAUGAUCCCUUGUAUCUGAACUUGGACCCUCCACUCCAGCAGGAUGGGAGACUUGAACAGGUGGCACUUCCUGGCUGCUCUCUCAACCUGUCUACUGUGUUUACUCCUGCCAUGGAGACCCUUGCAGACUCAGACUCUCCAUUACCACAGCUCUCCUCUCAAAACUCCACUGACCUCAAUUCUACUUUUGGAUUUGCCAAUUUAACUGGUGUCCUCCUCCCUUCACAGUUGAAUAGUACUGCUAACAUCUCAUCUCCUUCAAUCUUGCCUGAUCCUCUAGGUGGAAUCCUAGAUGAGGCUCUGCUGGAUGAGAUAAGUCUCAUGGACCUUGCGCUGGAAGAAGGUUUUAGUCAAGUUCAGGCCUCGCAGCUUCAAGAAGAGCUGGAUUCUGAUUCUGGUCUUUCUCUCAACUCUCAUCGCAGCCCAAUGUCUCCCAGUGGCUCAGAGUCCUCCUCUAACUCCUCUUGCUCAUCAUCUUCAUUCUCUGAAGAGGGAGCAGUGGGAUACAGUUCUGAUUCUGAAGUGGUGGAUCAGGAAGAUUCAGAUGAAGCCAUUGGGUAUCAUCCUGAAUUCAGUAAAUUUUGUCGUAUGAGCUCCCAGAAUCCAAGUAAUUUUCAACGCUUGCCCUUUCUUGAGCAUGUUGGCCACAAUCACACCUACAACAUGCUCCCUGACGAACCACAGGAGGACCAGCCUGUUAUAGGGAAGGGGAGCCGGAGGCAAGCAGGAUUUAUAGAUAGACAAGCAGGUCGUGAUGAACAAAGGGCAAGGGCUAUGAAGAUUCCAUUUAGCAAUGAGAAGAUUAUUAAUCUCCCUGUGGAAGAGUUUAAUGAGCUACUUACCAAGUACCAGCUCAGCGAGGCACAGCUCUGCCUGGUGCGUGAUAUUCGCAGAAGAGGCAAAAACAAAAUGGCAGCUCAGAACUGCCGAAAGCGAAAGUUAGACACAAUCCUGAACUUGGAGCAGGAGGUGAAGCGGCUUAACCGAGAACGAACCGCCCAACUACGAGAGAAAGGUGAAAACGUAAGAUCGUUGCAGCGAAUGAAGCAGGAAGUUGAGAAUCUGUACCAGGAGGUGUUCAGUCAGCUGAGAGAUCCAGAGGGUCGGCCAUAUUCCCCUCAGAGAUAUGCCUUGCACUUUACGAGCAGUGGCAGCAUUGUACUUAUGCCACGUGGUGCGGAUGGGCAGCAAAGCCGGCGCCAAGACAAGAAGGAUCGGAGGAAGUGAUGGGUCUGCGUCUGAUUUCAGGAAUAUAACAGGACAAGGGGGUGUGGGCUGUAUUUUCAUUCAGGCCUCAAUAUCAAACCUUUCACACAAGAUUGACCCUGGUGAGUGACUGUGAAGAUGUCUACACUUACUCUGGGUCAGGUGCUGUGUCCUGUCAGCGUCUGGGCCCUGUCAGUCCAGGAAUGAGGAGGCCAUUCAGGCCAUGGGCAGCGGCAAGCCCCGGAACCGUAAAAUCAAGAAGCUGACAUAAAGGGAGGGGAAAUAAGUAGUUAUUUUAAUUCUGGGUCUUCUACAAUGUCUGUCAAGUAAGCGGCUGUCGUCGGGGACUGAAGUGUCAUCCUGCAUGGGUAAUAGACCAAUGAGCUCUUGUUAUCGAGUAGAAAUCUAGUGAUAAUGGCCUUGAGUCUUUAUCCAGUGAACGUCUCAGACGGGUAUCUUGGGGACAGUUAUAGCAGUAAUGUCUGUGCCAUUUGGAGCCAGGAGCUACCAUCCUAAGCCUCAUGUGGCAUUUUACAGCCCUUUUAAUUGUGUCCAGAAACUUCUGACUGAUUGUUCCAAGGAUAGAUGCAGUUCUGUUGAUGUGAUGGAAUUCCUUCCGGGGCUCGGGGACUCCCGGCAUGUACACGCUUGUCUAGUGACAGUUUUGUAUAUGAAUGAAUGCGACAUUGUGUGUCACAAUAACACCCCCAAAGAACUAGACUGUAUGAUCCAGGAACCCCACGCCUAGAAGUGUUCUAUUUAUUUUUUGUUCUGGUAGUGUCUCCAGAAGAUCCUGUAGGAUGGUGCGCACUAUAAACUCCUGUCUGUGUAGCAGGAAUCUGAUUAACCAAGGGAUCAGCAGUAAACAUCUUAAUCUGUAAUUCUGUAGGACUAACUGGAUUUAAAUAGGUUUAAGGUUUGCUGCUUUUAGUGAGAGUGAUUACUAUGCAUGUUCCAUAUUGCAUUAUUCUGGAGCAGGAGUGCGUUACAUCGAGCCACUCGAGUUGCUGUAGAUUGAGGUUUAUUCACUAAAGAGGGGAGUUGUGCUUUCACGGACUCCACUAAACUCCCACAGCGAGCGGCUCCUUCCUGAAGAUCUUGGUCACUCCUGUAACAUGUGUCGUAAAAGCAGAUCUGUCACUUUUCCCAAAUCCUGUGUGUUACAGUUCUACGCUUUAAAUAUAUAUAUGGCGAAGCCUCUGUUUAUACCCCCGAGAUCAGUACCUCAGCUUCUUGCAUGAUUAUUCUCACUUGGCGUCAACCUGCUGAUUGUUUGCGAUGGGGGUUGAAGGGUAAGGCGAUAAUGCUGGCUCUGACACCAGGAGCCACUGAUAUCAUCUUCCACGCUGUGAAGAGAUUUAGUUGAAAAUUUCAGAACAAUUACUGAUUUACGCUCAACACAAGAGGUAGGUAAUUCCAAUAAACGUGUUAAGCUUUGCUUGCAUAAGUUCCCUUUUUUAGCAGCAAGCGCUCUUUGAAAGCGACUGAACGCUGCAUGGGGCAGGGGCUGCUAGGACCACCUUACAACAGAGGCUUUCUGGGGCUGGUCCUUUUGUAACACUUAAUGCAGUUAAAAACCGCAACCCUCCUGCUUCAGUGAAUAAACUUCUGCCUACCAUGAUGCUAAGCAGAAGCAUGAGAAGUGGUCUGUCCCUGGCUUAGAAUUAGUUCGAGGGAGGAAAGUUUUUUUUUUUAUAUUUAUUGUUUAAGAAAAAACAGAUUUUAUCAUAGGCUGUGAUUCUGUUAAGUUCGAAGCUGUGUGUAAGCGUGUCUGUUCUGUGUUAACUCUUGUAGUUCUGCGACACAGACCUUGAAGAGUAACCCCGCUG